AUGUUGGAAAAUCGAUCCUGCUCCUUGUGGUCAUGUGACGUAAGGAGAGUGGUAGUCAGUUCAGGGGGCUCGCUCCGAUAUGACGGUGAAAUGAAUGAUCCGCGAGCCCGUCGGAGGACUGCGUCUCUUCUCCAGAGCCUGUCGCUUAUCAAUGAUGCGCUUGCACCAGUCAGCAAUAGUACUUCUUCACCCUGCCCGAUAAUGCACGCACAGAUUCUCCAACUUAACCGUACAGCCGGGUCAAGGAUCUCGAGGACUCGGGAACUUGGAACACCAAUAGUAUAUACCUCCAGCCCCCAACAAGCAAUCAUGUGUCAUUUCUCGUUCCAGGGAUACUGUGCAAAAGCUACUCAAUUCCACUCAUUCAAAAUGCUCAGGGGUUUUUCCAUCUCCGUCUACGCGCUAGUGGUGCUUUUCGCGUCAUUAUAUCAACUAUUGCUGAACAAAGUCCUCUUCGUCUCGUUUGGUAUUGGCCGACUUAUACAGCCAAUCGAGGACUUCCCAUAUUCAUGCGGGCGCAUUGAGUAUGAAAAACUCAAAACCUGCGAGGAUCUAUGA